AUGUGAUUUAUACGUAAUAAGGAAUACAUCUUAUUAAAAAUCAAUUGAUACAACGGGGAUCUUUUUGAUUUUUUACGCUAUAAGCCAUAAUUAUUUUAUUUUAUAUUAUUUUCCUCAUUAAUGCCGAUGUACCUGCCGAACAUCACGUGAGGUGAUCUGUCCAGUGUUCAGGUGAAUCAGGAAGUAAACACACCGUGUCACGAACCCAAACACGGGUUUUAAAACAUUUAAAGAAGAUGCGAACUAAACGAAGACUGCUAAGCCCUCCAGAUUGACAUGAACAUACUGGUGCAUCCUGUUGUCAUUUUUGCUUUGACAGGUCUGCCUUUGGUCGCUGUGUGUCUGGAGCCAGUUUCAAUUCAGUUUGAGAAAACACCAGUACUGGUGGCAUCCAGGCAAGAUGCCAUCUUUACAGUGCAGACCGUGUCUGACACAUCCCUCAUCAGAUGGACCAAUGCCGUACCGACAACACUGGCGAUGUGGGCGAAUGGACAGCCUGUUCUAAUAUCAGUCCCAGAGUACCAGGGCAGGAUCUCUGUCACAGCCACUCAGCUGAAGAUCACUAACAGUCAGCUCCGUGAUUCUGGAAACUACACCGUCUCAGUGGAACCGUCUCCUGCCACUGGACUCGGUGUCAAUACCCGUUCGGUGCAGCUCAAGGUGUUUGAUGCUGUGGAAGGAGUGAGUGUGUCUCUGCCCACUCUUCCUUUGGAGGGUGGGAAUGUGUCUUUGCGUUGCAGCUGGAGUAUGGGCACAGAGGUCAGUGUGGUUUGGGGUAAAGGAGGCACUGCCUUGUCCUCGGACACCCGCAUUACCAUCCGCGCUGGAUCUUUGAUCAUCAACCCAGCCAGGAGAGAUGAUGCAGGAGAGUACACCUGCACUGUCAGCAACUCCGUCAGUGCUCAGACAGCCAAAGCCAGCCUCAGCGUGUACUAUGGUCCAGAUGCCCCUCAGUUGACUAAGACUUCAUCUGAGUGUGUUGGUGGUGGAGAUGCCACCAUCGGGCAGACGGUUCGUCUCACCUGCACGUCCACCUCUUUACCUCCUGCCUCGUUCUCAUGGGAACUGAACGGCCAGCCAGUGACCGCCGGCCAAUCGGGGAGUGGCGUGCUGAGUCUGCAGAUCUUCUCGACCAAUCAGAGUGGCAGUUAUGUGUGCACAGCAAAGAAUGACAUCACAGGGGGCACAUCAAAGCAGCAGAUAAACGUGGCCAUUGUGGGUACCUGUCUCAGUGUUGGCGCAGUGGCAGGGAUCGUUGUAGCCUGUGUUGUUGCACUUAUCAUAAUUAUCAUUGUUAUUAUUGUUCUCCUGCGACAAAGAAACGUUGAUCGGAGACUCAAAGAUGCCAUUGGACUUCAGAAGACAAACCAGAAUGAUGGCCCCACAGUUCUUCCUCCACAGAAUGCCAACACUGCCUAUAGAGAUCUUGCCAAUGGAAACCACCCUGAUCCAACAUUACACAACUCACUCCCACAAAACCAGCAGAACUUCACCACUCUUCCUAAUAUCAAUGACCGGAACAGACCAGGCAACUUCAGCCCACAGCUACAUAAUGGCCAUCUGAACACAAACGCAUUUCAACACAACUUCAGUGCACCCCCAGACAAUGGGCAUACAAACAACAACAAUUCAUAUCCAAACAAUGACCUUCAGACCUCCAGGUCGUUCCCACAUCCUGGCCAACAAAAUCCUAAUAUUCUCAUUCAAACGGGUAACUCUCAGCCUGGUGCGCUUGCCCCGACAGUUCAUGUAAACCUUAACACACUGCCACGUACUGACCAGUUCAACAGUGCACAACCUCAAACGGUGCAUGUCAACCUGAACACGUAUCCUCAAGAACCAAACCAGCCAAACCCAGCGAUCCAGCAACACAAUGACCAGAGAGAAAGUGCGCUACGGCUUCAAAACGGCAAUGACAACCAUCAAAAUUUAUCUCAGACUGGCUUGUUAAACUCAGACCCUUUGAAUUUAGGUAAUCAAAUGCAGACUGUGCUUAAUAAUCCAUUGACCAAUAGAUCUCAGCCCAAUCAACACCCUAGCAACCACACCAAUGAUAACCGCAGAGCCGCCUACAUGCGAUCAUCAACAGAAGAGCAAACACGACGUUCUAACCCAACUCAGGCCAACAACCUUUUCAUCGACCCCUCGUUAGGCACCAGCACGAAUCCCAGUCAAAUGCCUUGGGACCGUUUGCAGGCAACGCCAGCGUACCCCAACCGUCCAGACGUCAACUCUGAAAGCAGUGGAUCCACAGAACGGCGGCCUCGAUCGCCGCGACCAGAUGCACGGAGGGGCCGCUCUGGUCCAAGACCCAGGGAAACCAAAGCUGCUGGUGAGUUGACCCAGGCUGCUUCUGUUCCCCAAGGAAGAGACCUCCAAAGACAGACUCUCAACGUAGUGCUGAAUAACUCUCAAAUGGGCCCGACUGUGCAGAGACAAGCGGCCCAACAGAUCACGCCAAGGGCACAAGCCCAAUCCCAAAGCCAGACUGCUCCUAGGCAUGCUAUACCUCAAACCCAAACCCCUCGGACUCAGAAUCCAAUCCAUACAGGUCUACCUCUAGGAACAACCAUACCUCACCCCACUGAAGAGCACAACCAACCUCGGAUACACAAAAGCGAUCCACUGACGCAAGCGGGCGUUAGACCAGACCACAUGCAGCCCACAGUACCGCCAUCCAUUCCUCUUACUGAAGAAGCCCUUCGCCAACACACCAUCCAGAUAGAAAACCCUUUCGCCAACCGAAUUCAACAGACUCAAGCUGCCUUGCAGAAACCUGUAGCUCAGUCCAGACCUUCUCAACCCAUUCAGCAGCUCAAUCAAACAGCACCAGAGGCCACCAACUCCACCUCCAGUGCUAGAGCCAGCCGAGUUCCAGUCGAUGCCAAGGGAACGCAUGCAGCAGGCACGCACCCUCCAGCCUGUGAUCAGUCGGCCCGUUAAUGUGAUGCAAAGACACAGGUCUCCGGACAAGCACAAACAGACUAGAGUGUGGCAUACGAGCCCACAACAAUUGCCAGUAAUUCAUCCCAUGCAUGGACACCCAACGCACGUGAGACAGGCCAACAGAGGCAGACCCAGACGCUGAGAAAAUGCAAUACUCUUGUGCAACACUAUUUGCACUGCAAAAGAAAAGUUCUUACAAAAGCACAAUGUCUCUCUGGUGGAAAGAAACAAAUGUUCAGCCUUUCCUCGGGCCGUUCCUUUAUUGUGCUCUAUUAUUUAUUGGGCCCUAGGCAGAAGGGACCCCCCCAGAAACACCCCAGAUAUAAAAUUUGUACAGCAAGCUUGUAUCAUGGGGCCCCUUUAAGGGGGUUCUGGACGUGUCAUUGCAGUGUCUUGUACCAUCAAUUAAUUUAAUGGGGUUUUAUGUUGUCGUUGCUGUGUUCAACUGUAAUCAGCCAUCUUUAAGGGGGGCCCCCUUCCAGCUCGGGGCCCCAGGUAAUUGCCUGGUUUGCUUACCCAGUUGCAACAUCUCUGCUGUUAUGUAGACAUGUGAAAGCUGUGGCUGUUGAAUGGGCGGUAGUGUGAAUGUCAUCUAUCGGAACAAUGCUGCUCUGGAAUAUUUUUUGCACUCAAGUGUCUGAAAAUAAAACACAAUGCCAUGUUUUUCCACAAACAGGCAGAUUUGAACAAAAUCCAAAUAAAUUAGGAUGGCUGGCAGAGCUCGACUACUAAAUGAUAAAUAAUGGAGUGACACUGUUUGUCCUUUCACAACUAUUUAUUCCACUCCAUGCUCACAGCUGCUUCUUGUAACACUGCUCAAUUAGUGCGAUUCGCUACGGUGCUUUUGUGGAUGGAUUGCACAUUUGAGUAUGAAGGAGACCAACCAAACCGACAUUUAAUUAAUUAAGCACUUUUAUUUUUAUGUUAAUGAUGUGGAAAAUGCUAAUGACUUAAAGUAAAAUUGGUUCUUGAAAGGCCUAGCAAGAAAUAAUCUAAUAAGAGAGAGACUGGUGAAUAUUUCUCAGGGAAGGUUUAUUUUUGAAAGUCAAUUUAUGUUUAGACACAAACCUUAAAGUCUUGAUUACGAAUAAAGUUAUUGAACAUUACCACCGUCGUUGCCCAGAAAAAAAAAGAUACAGUUCUUUGAACAGGGAGGGGCAUGUUGUCACCAUAUGGGAUAAGUUGUCACAAUGGAAACCUGCCAUUAAAUAGUCUAUUAUAGACUUUUCAGCAGAACUGAAACACUAAAACAACACUGAUAAAAUUACAUUAAAAAAAACUAUUUGAAAACUUUUUCUUUAUAAAUGAGACUACUUGCCCCAAUCUGGCAUAUAUGAAAAAAAAACACUGUUUUACCAAAAAUAUAUUUUUAAGACAACUAUGUGUUUGAAAGAAGAGACGUUUAUGUAAUUGGACUUUUUACUGAAAAACUCUUGUGACAACUUCCCCAUGUGACAACUUGCCCCGGCUUGCCCUAUAAUGAUAAAAAGCAAAUGAUUUGAUGUCGCCUACAUGCAGAGUUGGGGAGUAACGGAACACAUGUAACAGGAUUACGUAUUUAAAAUAAAAGUAACUGUAUUCCACUACAGUUACAAUUUAAAUAGAUGGUAUUUAGAAUACAGUUACAUUCAAAAAGUAUUUUGUUUACUGAAGUGAUUGAUACUGAAGUGCAUUUUAUUGUCAUUUGUUUCAUUACAUUUUUAGUCUGCUUUGUUGGAAUAUAAAUGAUGUGUGUUCGAACAGCCGUGAGACACUUUCUUGUGUUCUCAUACGAGCAGACAGAGGGCGCUUUCACGCGGUUAUGAGUGAAAAGUUGGAUAUGAUGUUAUACGAUCAGAAGAUGAUGUCAUCAUUUAUACUCUGUGGGAUUUUGAAGAAAGUUUGGAGUGUCAAAAAUAGUUAAAUAUCUAAAAACCCUUAAAACAAGAUAAAUUAACUGUUUUAUAAGAUGUUUAGGGUUUUUUUUCAGAGCAUUUAUUUGUAAUAUACUGUAAGGGUAUUUUGUCUUACUGUACUGUACUUUUUUAUAGUCAAAACAAGUGAAAAAAUCUGCCAGUGCUGAAGAAGUAAUCCAAAGUAUUUCGAUUACAUUACUGAUUUUGUGUAAUAUAAUGGAUUACAUUACAAAUUACAUUUUUCAGCAUGCAUUCUGCAACCUGUAGUGGGAUAUAUUUCAAAAGUAACCCUCACAAACCUGCCUACAUGUAAUUUUUUUAGAGGACACA